AGCCCUAUACCCAGCCGCACCGUGUUCAUACGGCACGUGUUGCGCCUCCUCCACACGCUUCCCCGUCUCCCACCGCUUCGUCCUCCUCCUCCUCCUCCUCCUCCUCCCUGUCCCCUCGCCUGCCUGCUCGAUCGCCUCCCUCUUUCUGCACAUGCAGGUGCUCUCUCUAACAUUGCUCCCUGCGUAUAGUUGAUUCUUCUUCCACCGAGCUCUGGUUCGGGAAGGCGUUACGGAUUAGCUGAUUCUGAAGAUGGACGUACAAUACCAUGAGGAGUACGUGAGGAAUCCGCGGGGCGUGCAGCUCUUCACGUGCGGCUGGCUGCCGGCGUCCUCCUCGCCCAAGGCGCUCGUCUUCCUCUGCCAUGGUUACGGAAUGGAGUGCAGCGACUUCAUGAGAGCAUGUGGGAUCAAGCUUGCCACAGCAGGGUAUGGUGUGUUUGGGAUUGAUUAUGAGGGCCACGGCAAGUCCAUGGGUGCCAGGUGCUACAUCCAGAAGUUUGAAAAUCUUGUGGCUGACUGCGACAGGUUCUUCAAGUCCAUCUGUGCCAUGGAGGAUUACAGAAACAAAAGCCGAUUCUUGUACGGCGAGUCCAUGGGAGGAGCCGUGGCUCUACUGCUGCACAGGAAGGAUCCGAUCUUCUGGGACGGUGCAGUCCUUGUAGCGCCAAUGUGCAAGAUAUCAGAGAAAGUGAAACCACACCCCGUCGUGAUCACCCUCCUGACGCAGGUGGAAGAGAUCAUCCCGAAGUGGAAGAUAGUCCCCACCAAAGACGUCAUCGACUCUGCGUUCAAGGACCCUGUGAAGCGCGAAAAGAUCAGGAAGAACAAGCUCAUCUACCAGGACAAGCCCCGGCUUAAGACAGCACUGGAGCUGCUCAGAACCAGCAUGGAUGUGGAAGAUAGCCUGUCAGAGGUGAGGAUGCCAUUCUUCAUCCUGCACGGCGAGGCCGACAUGGUGACCGACCCAGAGGUCAGCCGAGCCCUGUAUGAGAGGGCAGCCAGCACUGACAAGACCAUCAAGCUCUACCCAGGGAUGUGGCACGGCCUCACCGCCGGUGAGCCCGAUGAGAAUGUGGAGCUAGUGUUCUCCGACAUUGUUGCGUGGCUUGAUGAGCGGAGUCGCCAUUGGAAACCUGAAGAGCGGGUAAGGCCUCCAUCUGAGCCCGAGAUGUUCCACCAGGUGGCGCCCACGAAAAUCACCCGCGUCGCCAGCAGCGGUGGCACAGAGGGUCCGGUGCCGGCACAAGGCCGGCCUCAACGGCGCGGCAGCUUCCUCUGUGGACUAGGUGGCCGACCACACCAGCAGCAAUGUAGGAUGUAGAUAGAAAAAACACUUCCAUUGAUCUGUUGUUCACUAUGAACUGUACAUGGCAUAAGAAACAGGUCUGAUGGUGAUGUAAACAGUGUACUGAACUUGAUGCUCAAUAAAAUCUUGUUGCAUCACCAGAACUGCUGUUUGUUUCAGAGUAGUUUCUGAGUUCAGGAGAGUCAUCA